AUGACAGGCAGCAAGGUUGAUGAUCAAAUGGAACUCAUCUCUCAUUUCUAUCCUAAAAUUUACUCCCAAUUAGCACAACAAGAAGAGACGGUGAAACCGCGAAGGAGAAGGAAGAAGAACAAAGUUGAAGGAAGAAACAACACUAGUGAAGUAGUGAUGAGGAAGAGGAAGUUGCUUAGUGAAGAACAAGUUAAUCUUCUUGAAUGGAGUUUUGGGGACCAACACAAGCUAGAGACAGAGAGGAAGGCCAAGCUUGCUUCUGAGCUUGGCCUUGAUCCUCACCAAGUCGCGGUGUGGUUCCAGAACAAGAGGGCUAGAUGGAAGAACAAGAAGCUCGAGGAGGAAUACUCCAAGUUAAAGACUAAACAUGAGGAUACCAUCACUGAGAAAUAUCGUCUUGAAACUGAGGUGUUGAAGAUGAAAGAGCAACUGUGUGAAGCAGAAAAGAAGAUAGAAAGGCUAUUAUUGGAACAUAAAAGUGAUAUUUCAAGCAAUAAUAGCCCAACUUCAUCAAUAUUUUCAAUGGAGCAGCCACAUUUUAAUCUUGGGGAGUUUGGAAUAGAAGGGCAAUUAAUGGAUGACAAUAUGUUCUUUGUUGCUGAUUAUCAAAGCAAUUAUGUGACUCUUUGGGAUAAUUAG